AUGUUAUCAAGGUACAAUCGUGUUAUUGAAAUAGAUGGUGGCAACGCGGAAAUUUCGUUACCCAUUGUCAAAUUUCCACCGUUUAAACUCAGAGCUCAAUUAAUUGAAAAGGACCCGGUCGUAUGGUUGCAUCUGCUAGAGACCUAUGUAACGUACUUUGAGUAUUUGAUGCAAGGGGUUAACGUUGAAUUGUUGGACGACUCUACCCUUGACCAUCUACGUCUAUUUUUAAGAACUUAUUUGCAUGAAAUUGCGGAUGAGGAAGGAAAGCUAUUAAGUCUCGGUAUCAAUCAUGAUGUGUCUGAACAGUUGUACCUACUAAAGGGCUGGGUAUUUUCAUUGAUCAAGAAAUGUGGACUGCUACAUCUUCAGAUUUUUGGUGAUUCCCUGUGGAAUUUGGUCAAAAUAUAUGUUAAGCGCAACCCUGAUUCUAUUCGUGGCCUGAUUGAUGGCUCAUUAAAACCACGGAUCAACACGCAACGUGUACAACUAGAUAAAACGUAUCAAGUUCAACAGCAUUUGAAGCAGUUAAUAGAAUCUGGGAAAUUUAAAAGAAUAGAUUUGAGAUGUGUUGAAGAUCUGCUGGCUGCCAAAUCUAUGCUGCCAAAUAAGUUUGCGGAUAAUUUCUUUACAGCAAAUUGGAUUGAAAUUCUAGAAGCAAUAUGGGCAAAGGGACAGGGCAGGGCUCAUAAAGAUGCCAGGGAAUUGAUUAUCAUCAGUUUAUUUUCUGUUUCUGCUGAUCACAUACUGAAAAUAACUAAAGAAUUAGGCAUAAGCAAUUUCGAAACUCUGGCAUUAUAUCCUCUUUUAGGAACAAUGCUUGUAAAUGAAGGUAUCCACGAAAAACUUCCUGAUUUAAAAAGCAAACUACUUUUUUUGAAUUUAGGAGCUUCGUCAAUGGGCGACGAAGACUAUAUGAGCUAUCCAACAUCAGCAAGUACUGAAGUUGAUGAGGAACAAUUGUCCUCCCUGAUGGAAUUGUUCCCACAGUUUUCUAAAUACCAAUUAUCGCAAACACUUCUUGCCUAUGAUAAUAACAUCGAAAUAGUAACGAAUAAAAUAUUUGAGGAUCCUACCAUUAUCGAAGCAUUCCCCAAAGAACCUGAGGAGGAGGAAGUAGAGCCAGUAUCAGGUGGUAAUAAUACGUCCUUUGCUGACGAACUGAGUUUAUUAAAUAGAGGACCUACCUCAAAAAAUAAGAAUCUGGACAAAAAAAUUAUUUCGGAGGGUGUUCCAGAUGAGGUGAGAAAUAAAACUUUAACAAGAGCACUGAAACUUUUGUAUGAGGCAGAUGAAGAUGAAAGGGACGACACUUAUGAUGAAGCUGAUGUGAGCCGGUCCGAUCCAUCGAAAAGAAUUGGACUUCAAGACGAAGAGGAAAAUGAUGAUGCAAAUGAUGAUACCAAGGAAGUGCGACAAGGUUACAACUAUAAUGCUAUUGAAGCCUACUUGUGGAACCUAUUAAAGGAAGAUCCAACAUUAUUUGAAAGGUCGAGAAGAGGUACAAAAGUAAGGAAAACUAUGAAGGAAAGGACUUCGUGGUCGGAUGAAAAAAUCGAAGGUUGGUCGCGGAUGUUAGAAAGAUCUCCCACACGAGCAAGACUUCUGGAAAAAAAAUUCGUGUUCAAAGGAAACAGCAAAACAGGGAAGACGUCUUAUGUUCAUAAUCGCGAUAGCAAAAAUGAUGAAAAUGUUGUCAAAGAAGAGGCCAAACAAAAUGCACCUGGAAAUAUCAAGAAACAUGAACCUCAAUCUGCUGAACAGAAGAAAAGGCAGCAUGCCAAGAAUGAAAAAAAGAAGGGAGCAAAAGCUGACCAUAAUCGUAAGAAAGGCCAUGAUAAGAAAUUGGCCCGUGCAGGAAAUAAUGCUGUUUGA